GGGCCGACGGCUCUCCCGGUUCGAGAAGGAGCUCCGUCGGAGAUGAAGGGGAGGCUUUGGGUCACUGUGGCCGGUUCUGGGUGAGGAGAAAGGGCGAAGGAAAGGAGAAAGGAGCGAGGGAGGCGGGGUUCCUGAGUGCGCAUGCGCCCAUCUCCAUGGAGAGCAGAGAAGAAGGGGCAGAGAAGAGGAAGAAGGAGGCUUAGACCAAGCGACAUUGAAGAAGCGGAAGACAAAAAAGCCCUCCUGUACCUUCAGGCUCUGGUCUUCUGAUGCAUAACGGGGCAAAGAAAUGAAGGGGCAGCAGAAGGCAACAGAGACAGAAGAGGGCACUGUGCAAAUUCAAGAAGGCGCAGUGGCGACAGGCGAGGAUCCCACCAGCGUGGCCAUCGCCAGCAUCCAGUCAGCGGCCACCUUUUCGGACCCCAACAUCAAAUACGUCUUCCGAACAGAGAAUGGGGGCGCUCAGCUGAUGUACAGGGUGAUUCAAGUGGCUGAAGGGCAGCUGGAUGGGCAGACCGAGGGCUCCGGUGCCAUCAGCGGCUAUCCAGCGACCCAGUCCAUGACCCAGGCGGUCAUCCAGGGGGCCUUCACGAGCGAAGAUGCUGUCGAGACAGAAGCCACGGCCACAGAGACCCACUAUGCCUACUACCCUGCCACUGCUGUGGCUGACUCCAGCACAUCUGCCGGGGCAGGGACCACAGCCACUGCUGUGGUCACCACCCAGAACUCAGAUGCCCUGCUGGGGCAAGCCACGCCAACCGGCACAGGGCAGUUUUUUGUCAUGAUGUCGCCGCAGGAGGUCCUGCAGAGUGGGACGCAGAGGUCAAUUGCACCCAGGACUCACCCUUACUCGCCGAAGUCUGAAGCCCCACGGACGACUCGGGACGAGAAGCGGCGGGCGCAACACAACGAGGUGGAGCGCCGACGCAGGGACAAAAUCAACAAUUGGAUUGUGCAGCUGUCCAAGAUUAUCCCUGACUGCUCCAUGGAGAACACCAAGUCUGGACAGAGCAAAGGGGGCAUCCUCUCCAAGGCUUGCGACUACAUCCAGGAGCUGCGACAGAGCAACAUCCGCCUCUCUGAGGAGCUGCAGAGCCUGGAUCAGCUCCACAUGGACAAUGAGGUCUUGCGCCAGCAGGUUGAAGACCUGAAGAACAAGAACUUGAUCUUGCGAGCGCAGCUGCGCCAGCAUGGGGUGGAGGUGAUCAUCAAGGACUCACAUUGAUGCCCCCGCCACUUUUUGGAGGAGGGCUCUGCUCUGCUCAGGCCUCUUUGCCACAGUGGAAGAUGAGGAGAGGGUUGGUCUCUUUGCCCCACGGAGACGCCUGCACCCUCUUUGUUGUACAGAACCCGAAAACAGCGCCCCAGGGCUAGGGGUGGCGGAGGCAGCAGCCGCAGCCAAGGGCUCAGCCCCGGACAUUCACCCCCUGCCCCAAGGUCCCUGUUCGGCCCCGGCUUUUGGCUUUGCCCCUCACGACAAAGAACUGCUCCUUGGUUUUACAACUUUCACCAACGAGGCCUGAGCUGGGUCCUUCUCCCUCUGCGUGCAACCCCCCUUCCUUGCUCAGCGCCACCACGCUCCGCGUCCACGCCGGCACGUAUGGGCACACGCAUGCGGAAUCACAUAGCCAUGUUGCACGCCCCUCUAGACCCACUCAUAUACACACAUGCCCUGGACUCCCCGGCCUGCCCAUCUCUUCAGGCACCUGCUCCCAGUAAAGCUGAGCUCAGUCCAGCCUCCUCCUGCUGGACCUUCUCCUUCUUAGCCACUCCUUCUGGGCCUUGCCAUCUCCGGUUUUCCCUUUUGAAUGGGGACACCAACAGCUUGCCUUGGCCUCCCUUCUCCCUUGACAGGCCUUGCAUCCCCUCCCAGGCUUGCGAUAGGAACAGACCUCCCAUGACUAUUAUUAUUAUUAUUAUUAUUAUUAUUAUUAUUAUUAUUUUGCUCUGCGCCCCUGAAGAUAAUUAACGUUGCCCUAGAGCCCCAGAAGCUGAGUGCCAAGGAGCUGGGAGGGCCUGGCACAGUCGCUGCCAUCUCUCUUGGAGGUGAACUGGAGCCCCUCUGCCUAGGAUGGGGGGCACACACCUUCUCUUUCUCUCCCUGUCUUUCUCUUUUUAAGAAAAGAAUAAUAAAUCUCUGAACUUAAAAACAGGAAAGUAGCGGAAGAGCAGCGUGGGGU